AUGGGUGACGAGGAAGGUGAGAGCGAGGGAGAGGGCGAGAGGGAGUGGUGGGAGGAGGAAUUCAGUGACUCUGCGGAUGGGGAGAAGCGGGCGCACGAGAGCGCAGGAGAGGCGGGACACGACGCGCAAUCGGGGGAGGAGCAGGCGGGCGCGGAGGGGGCGCGGCGGGCGGCGGUGGUGGCGUACCUGGAGGGGGAGGGCGUGGCGGCGGAGCUGCUGGAGGGGGUGGCGCUGCCGCUCGACGUGCGCGUCGUGCGCGAGCGCGUGCAAUUCCUGCGCGCUCUCCGCCUCGACGUCGCUGAGGUUGUGGGGCGGUAUCCUCCGGUGCUGUGCGGGAGCAUAGCGCGCAACUACGUGCCGGUGCUGGCGCACCUGGAGAGCAUCCCCAUCGCGCGCGCACACCUGCCCGCACUGCUCACCGCGUACCCGCGCGUGCUCUUCUCCUCCGUGCGCAUCGACCUGCAGCCCGUCCUGCACUACCUGCUCGGCCUCGGCGUGCCGCCCGCCGCGCUGCCCUCCGUGCUCACGCGCUGCCCGCACCUGCUGGGGCUGCGACCCGAGGGCAGCAUGAGCACGAGCGUGGCGUACCUGGUGGGCGUGGGCGUGGAUCCCAAGGCCAUCGGCGCCAUGAUCGUGCAGCUGCCGCACCUCCUCACCAUGCGCGCCGCCACCACCAUCCGCCCCAAGGUCGACCUCCUCUCACGCGCCCUCGCGCUGCCGCUCCCCCAGGUCGCAAGGCUGCUGCAGGCGCGCCCCCACCUGCUCGCACUGGACCUGCAUGCCCAGCUGCACCCCGCACUCGCCGCCCUGCGUGCUGCCAGCCUCACCGUGCCGCACAUGCGCGCCGCUGUCACCGCCUUCCCACACCUCCUCGCCCUGCCGCUGUCUGAUCUCCUGCCGCCCACCGUCCAGUGGCUGUCCUCUCACGCCCACGUGCCGCCCGAGGCCGUGCCAGGGGUGCUGGCAGGGCUGCCACAGCUGGUGGUGGCAGACAGGCGGCAGGCAGAGGGAAAGCUGCAGUGGCUGCACGAGAGAGGGUUCUCCCAGCAGCAGGUGGCGACGCUGCUGGCGGGGUGCCCGCAGGUACUGGGGCAGCGUGGGGACACAAUUGAGAGGAAGCUUGCAAUACUGCUGCAGCACAGGUCGCAUGCUGAUGUGGCGGCCUUCCCCCCGUGCCUGGCGUGCCGAGAGCAGGUGCUGGAGGAGAGGCUGGGAGCGGCGCAGGCUGCCGGGGUGAGGGGGUCGCUGGAGUGGCUGCUGGAUUGCCCUCCAGAGACCUUCCAUGAGCGCUUGAGAACCGAGUUUGUAGUGCUGCCACCUCCUGUUGAGGUGGUUAUGCAGGAGAGAGAAUAUUGA